CUUCUGCUCGCCGUCGUCAUGUUGAAAAGGGAAUAAGGAAGUGAAAAACGAGUAAGGAAGAAACCUGAAGUGAAGUGGACUGGUGUGUGAGCCCGGCUGUCAUUUGGACUCCUGUUUCUUCACGGUUACUCUACCCGCUGAGCACUAUGGCUAAAGCAGACAUUGCACUGAUUGGUUUGGCUGUCAUGGGCCAAAACCUCAUCAUGAACAUGAAUGAUCAUGGCUUUGUGGUCUGCGCUUACAACCGCACUGUGUCCAAGGUGCACGACUUCCUGCAGAAUGAGGCCAAGGGCUCCAAUGUGAUUGGAGCAGAGUCUCUGGAGGACAUGGUGACCAAGCUGAAGAAGCCCAGGAGGAUCAUCCUGUUGGUCAAGGCUGGACAGGCUGUGGAUGACUUCAUUGACAAACUGGUUCCUCUUCUUGAGAAGGGAGAUAUCAUCAUCGACGGCGGCAACUCUGAAUACAGAGACACGACACGGCGGUGCCAGACCCUGAAAGAGAAGGGCUUGCUGUUUGUCGGCAGUGGAGUCAGUGGUGGAGAGGAAGGGGCACGUUAUGGACCAUCACUCAUGCCGGGAGGACAUAAAGAGGCCUGGCCACAUAUAAAAGACAUCUUCCAGAGCAUUGCUGCCAAGGUUGGAACAGGAGAACCUUGUUGUGACUGGGUUGGAGAUGAGGGCGCAGGUCAUUUUGUUAAAAUGGUCCACAAUGGCAUUGAGUAUGGCGACAUGCAGCUGAUUUGUGAAGCCUAUCACCUGAUGAAGGAUGUUCUGGGUAUGGACCACGAUGAAAUGGCACAGGCUUUUGACAACUGGAACAAGACAGAGUUGGACUCCUUCCUGAUCGAGAUCACGGCCAGCAUUUUUAAAUACAGGGACUCUGAUGGUACACAUCUGCUGCCCAAGAUCCGCGACAGCGCUGGACAGAAAGGCACGGGGAAGUGGACGGCCAUUUCGGCCUUGGAGUACGGCACUCCUGUCACUUUGAUCGGGGAGGCUGUCUUUGCCAGAUGCCUGUCCUCUCUGAAGGAUGAGAGAGUGGAGGCCAGCCGCAGCCUUUCAGGGCCUCAGGGGGUGAAAUUCAGUGGUGACAAGGCUGCCUUCCUGGAGGACAUUAGAAAGGCCCUUUACGCCUCCAAGAUCAUUUCCUACGCCCAGGGCUUCAUGCUGCUGCGGCAGUCAGCCAAAGAGUUCAGCUGGUCCCUGAACUACGGCGGGAUUGCUCUGAUGUGGAGAGGAGGCUGCAUCAUCCGCAGUGUCUUCCUGGGUAAAAUCAAAGAAGCGUUUGACAGGGACGCAGAGCUGCAGAACUUGCUGCUGGACAAUUUCUUCAGUAAUGCUGUGCAGGACUGUCAGGAGUCAUGGCGCCGAACAGUCAGCACUGGAGUCCAGCAUGGCAUCCCUAUGCCCUGUUUCACCACAGCUCUGUCCUUCUAUGAUGGCUACAGACAUGAAAUGCUGCCAGCCAACCUCCUCCAGGCCCAGAGGGACUACUUUGGAGCCCACACAUAUGAACUGCUGUCAAACCCCGGUCAUUUCAUCCACACCAACUGGACGGGCCACGGUGGAAAUGUCUCCUCUUCAUCCUACAAUGCUUAAGGACCAUCUUCACAUCACUCAAAAACACAAACGAGAGAGAGAGGGAGAGGGAGAGAGAGGGAGAGAGAGGGAGAGAGAGGGAGAGAGAGGGAGAGAGAGACACAAGUGAAAUUUUACACAUUCCAACUUUAAAACGAUGCCUGACUAUUUAGAGCCUCCUGCCCCAACAGUCACCUUUAAUUCAAUUUUUUACUCCCCUCAAAGACUUGUUGCAGUUUUAUUUAUCAAUAAGGAAUAUUGUAGAUUAAGUGUAUUGUAAACUCUACACCCAGUGUUUUGGUGUAUCUGAACUUCAUCACAGUCACAAUAGGGGGAACAAGAAAGUCUAUUUGGUUGCUAUUGAUAUUAUGCUGGCCAUCAAACUGAUGUUCACCAGUCAUGUUGGGCCCAGGGUUCACGUUGUUAACGCUGGAUUAAUGUGAAGCGUUGAACUGUAUUGGACUAAAUAAAGACUUAAAUCCCUUUAUAA